AUGGCUUUCUACAGGGCACUAUUCAUCUUUGCCGUUGUAUACGGGCUACUAUUGUACCUUGUCAACAAGAUUCCCCAUGUGUCGAUCAAUUACAUCGGAUUCAUGUCCCUUCGGGGCGUCACCAUCACCACCAAAAACACAACCAUCUACAUCAGCAAGCUUGCCUUGCGAAUCAACUUUUAUAAUGUCGCCAGCGACACCGGCAUGAAGCUAUUCAACCUUGAGAUCGUCGAUGUCACUGUAACGUGCUUAAAGGGGGACACGGCAGUGGACAAGAAGCCCAAGAUUGUGAGGAAAACAGGCAAAAAGCCCUUGCAUGAACGAUCCAUCAUCGAGAGCAUAUAUUUCAAAAUACCCACAUUGAUCCACAACUGGUUGGUGGAAACGCAACUCGUCAACAAGAUCAACAUCCAUUUAUUCCGCGUUUCAAUCUUCCACGAGGCUACCCACGACGAAUUCUCCGUUCUGUCGGAGUAUAUCCGGAUAGAGGCAAGCACCACCAAGGAGCACCACAUGCGACUCACCGUGACCCUUCUCAACGGGGCCAUAUACGAGCAAGCGAACGCUGACCGCAAGAUUGACUUGUUUAGAAACAUUGAGUUUUUCAUCGAUUGCAAGGCAAUCGCUGCCUGCGAAGUCAACAACAAAAAAAUCGUCGUGGUCUAUUUGCAAGAUUUCAAAACUUCGCUUUCAAUAGGACGGUUGAACGUCCCCAUGGAGUUCUUUAAACGGGCCAAAAAGGACAUUUCCGAGUCUAGCAAGCAGCAAGUGCAAGGGCAAGGGCAAGGGCAAGGGCAAGCGCAAGCGCAAGGGCAAGGGCAAGCGCAAGGGCAAGGGCAAGCGGACACACCUAAUUCCUUUUCCGAAAACAAGCCACAUUUUCCUGCUGGCACCAUAGACAUUCUCAAAUAUAGCAACUUGGUCAAGGAGUUGCUCACGGUGUACUCAACGACAGACAUCAGGCUCGAGGACUCGACUUUUUCCUACAACUCUUUAGCGGCAAACUUGUCUAGCUUUGCCCUUGCCUUGACCAAGGCGGAGAAGCCUAACGGGGCCGAGACCAUGAAGCUCGUCUUGUAUACGACAUCGUUGAAAUUUUACCACCUCGAGUCGCAGUGCCUUGAGCUUCCCACGGGGUCGGUUUCCUACGAAGUGUGUCCGUUGGAAAUGUUGAAAGUGGCUCAAGUCUUGCUCGAUCACAAGGAAGAUGAUGUCCAUGCGUCCAUCAAUUUCGGCUUCACCAUCAACCUUUCCAACCCCAUCUUUGACUUGUACUAUGACCAACAGGAUAUCCUAUUCAAGUUUCUCCGCGACAAGAUGGUGCACCAGAGGGUAAACAAGAUGCGAUCGGCGACUGGCGUCCACCGCAAGGAGGAAAUCAUCUGCAAAUUAGAAAUCGCCUCGAAAUUGCUCAAUGCAAUCUCGGCCAAAUUGGUGAUUGUGGAUGCACAAUUGAACUUCCAUCUACCGAGACUCGGACUGAAUGAAGACGCCAGCUUCAACCGUCAGUCCAACUCCAACACUGUCAUCCGGUUCUUUUUAUCGGGAUUGAUUUUCAAAGUUUCCACUAGACGACGCAGCAAACUUCAUGGCGAGUCUAUAUAUGAGAAAAACACCCUCAACUGCCUAGUCAAGAUCAGGAACUUGAAAGGUGAAGUUGAAGGCAACCUUGUCCAGUUUACCAAAGUUGUCUCCUUGCUGACCUAUGACCUUGCCAAGCGUCAAUUAUCGUCGCGCCUCUCGAGCAAGGAUAUCAAGUUUAAAUCUGUCAAUGAUUAUUUUUUCUACAUGGUAAGACAGUUUAGAAACCGUCAAAGAGUCUACUUUAACAAAAAGUUUGAUAGAUGGAAGCAUGACCAACGUUGCCAUAACGACGACGAGGUAACUUCGUACGCUACAAUCGAUCAGCAACAACUACAGCAACCAUCACCACCACCGCCAUCACCACCAUCAAAUAAAGAAGAAGAUGAAGGACAGUCGUCCCAUGAUAGCAAUGAUGAUGUGUUUGUCGAUAUAUUCAAACUUAUGCCCUCAUUUGUUUCCUCCUUGAAAAUCGACUUCACCUCCUUGGUGUUUGACAUCUUGUGCAAAGACGGCCUACCCAGCCGCAAGGUCUUUGACAAGGACCUCGACAGGGAGGUGGACUUGAAAGAUUUCAGAAGAGGGAUCUCACUCAAAAUCGCCGACGUUUCAGCACACUACAAGUUGUCCAAGGAAAGCGUCGAUUGUUCCAUUGCAUCUGUGCAGUUGUUCACCUUGAGCGAGUACUCGCAGGAGUACAUGGAGGACUUUGACGAUGUGAUUCAACCAGAAAGCUCCGACUCGGAAGUGGACGACUUGUCAAGCAUGACAUCGGCGGAAAGCAAAAAGGACUUGCAAGCACACGCCACUGCAAGCGGGCCCGACGCCUCGGGGAUCAAGCGGAUCAAGAACGUGUUGAGCAUUAGCAAUGUCUUGGUCGCCAACAACAGCUCCUCCACGGCCGAGGAUCGAGACUCGAGCAAAUUGACCUUGACUGUGCCUGAAGUAGAUACCAAGAUUGACAUGUUCUUUCUCUGGUGCAUGUUUUACGCACGGUCGAUGCUCCAGCGGUUUGCGCCAACCAUCGAGUCAAACUGCAGCAAGGAACAGCUCCGCGACAUCACGGGCCCGAAAAAGAAAGUCAAGCUCGAUAUCUUGUUGCAGUCGGUUGCUACAGUGGUGAGACUACCCAACGCCGUCGACGUGCUCAUUGAGAUUGAUAAUGCGCGGUUGCAGAAUGUGCUCGUGCUCAAGAAUGCCGAUAUAAAAAAUGUCAGACUCUACGUUGUUCACCCGGCAACUCGUUUCUGGGCUCGAAUGUUGGUGAUUAUCGAGCCCAAUUUCAGCAUCGAUGUGUCGAAAACCAUGCACGAGGCUGCCUUUGAUAUUGUUGCCAAAGGUAUCCGCUUAAACAUUCCACACCAGUUUUUGUUCUACACGAUAAUCGACAACAUACUAUCGUUCGUCAAAGCUAUUCGGCAGUUGAAACACAAUUUCAUCUACUUCAACUAUGGCGCGGAGGAGUUUGAGAAACUUUACCCAGAGGCAAAAGAAGGAUUGGUGUUCCCGCACGUAAACGUCAAGACUGCGGCGUUGGGUAUGUCGAUUGAAAACGACCCGUUUGAAAACGAGUUGUCGAUGAUCUACGAAAUGGGGCUCGUUGAGCAAAAGGAAAGAUUGAGAAAGACAAGAGCGUUUGACGCUAAAUGCAAAGAGAUCAUGGCAGGUGCCGAACCAGAUAUCAAUGACCAAAUUAAACUCUCGGAAGCUCCUGCCCCAAUAAGUCCGCCGCUUUCCCAAAGGAGUUCAUUCAAGUCCAAGCCCCAGAGCCCCUUGAGAAACGAAUCAUUUAGAAGGGCCGGCUCCGACGCCGAUAAUUUCUCCCACGGUGGCGGCCUAGGAGUGAGCAAGUUGAAAGGAGCAUUCACUAAACUCCGUCGCAAUCAUUCUGAAAAGGGAAGCAAUUACGAAAGUACAACCAACAAUGAACCAAACGUAAGCUCCACCAAAUAUACAAAACGCGAGGCCGAAAGACGAAUCGAAGCAGCACGAGAGAGACUACUUAAAAAUUUUUCCCUUUCCUGGGUGCGAAAAUACCGAGGGUUCAAGGACGUGAGGACUCGCAUUUGGAGACGACGGGUCGAAGAUGUGUGGGGAGUCGACGAGGUUUCAGACAAGUUGAAGAACAAAUACAACAUCGUCGACUAUGCCGACGGCCCCCCCUUGGCUGGGCCCCUUUUCAGAGAUGUGGACUUGACCCUAGACAGGUUCAGGGGAGGCGACAUUGACCAAUUCUUGUACAAGUACGCCAAGAAGCAGCCCAAAUUGACCUACUCGAUUCUAGUUCCAUUGUUCUUUGAGUUGAAAGCUAGAAAAUUCUACAUGAUAUUAAAAGAUUACCCUUUGCCGCUUGCCUCGUUCCCCACCGCUAGCAACCCGCAGAAACCAACGGUGCAUGUCAGGGCCGAUAUUGUUGUCAAUGAAAAACUCUUUACGAGAAAAGAAGAGCUUCGAUACAUCUAUGUCCCUUACUCGUUGGCGGUGUCUGAUGAUGGAAAAUCCGACAAUUUCUACUCAGUCUACGUUCCAAGAACAUUGACACCGGUUAAAGUUUGCGCAAACUUGGUUUGCGACUUGAACACCGACCGUGCAUGCACCAUCACGUGGUGCAAAGCGUACCAACCGGCGUUGGGUGCCCUUGGUCAGGCGUUUGACAAUUUCAGUAAACCCGCGAUUGAUGAUAGCCCCAUUGGCUGGUGGGACAAAUUGCCGUUGAUUAUGCACGGGAAAUACCAGUUUAACGUCACCAACGAAUUGUGUCUACUUAUGAAAAGUGGCACGUCCCCUUAUAAGUUGGUGGGCCGAGAUUCGGGUUUCGCGUUCUGUUGGAAGAACAAUGUGGUUUGGACCAUUGACGGAACCAUCAACCCCAAGGAGGUCAUCGUUGUCACGAGUGACGAUUUCAUUUUCGCAAUUCCAAACUAUGGAAUGGAAGAAAAAAACAUUUGGAGUUUGUUUUACGAUGGAGCCGACGAAACCACCCCCGAUGUCGAACUCAACGCCAAAAAGUUCCUCAAGAGGGUGAUUCGGUUGAGCUCGAAUGACAGAGUGCGCUGGGUUGGAGGCAUGAUGUUUGAGAGAAACAAGAACCCCACCAAGGAGUUGUCCGACGAAGAACCCCGGACCGCCGAGUUCAAGCCGCACUACGAUGUGCAAAUCACCAACCCUGCGUCUAAAUACCACCCAGACUCGUAUGAAGGGUAUCGUGCCGAUUACGUGCACAUGUCGUUGGCCAUCAUUUCACAAUCGCACAAUGGCGAGGCGUUCAACUCGGCUUUCUUCACCCCGCUCUCAUUCCACCAUUUCUUUUACUGGUGGGACACCAUGGCGCACUAUUCGCCCAUGCCCGUGCGCAACGGCAAGUUGUUCCAAGUGAUGAAAAAUGCCCCCAAGAUCAAAUUCAGUCCGCAUCUAUUCACCAUGAAGUACCAAAUGGUGUAUGACCCAUGCACCAUCUCCCAUUUGUAUCUCCACUCGAGUAACGAAAUGAAGGGCAAGAAGAAUCGAAUCGCAUUUACGGGGCUCAAGGCCAAAUUCGACGUUUGCGAGAUUGAUCUCCACCAGAAAAAGGAGUUGCUGACGUACGAGAAUAAAAAAUUGGACAGAAAGACCCAAAUCAAGCACUUGAAGAUGAACCAAGCAGAGAUCAACGUGGAGAGAGCCGAUGUGCGCAUCUUGAACGCCUUGUUCUCGGACCAAUCCGUCAGCGGGAAAUUGAUGUCGUAUCUCACUGGUGACGCUGCGUCUUCUUCUUCUUCUUCUUCUUUGAGUGCUUCUUCUUCCACGAAUGCGUCUUCGAAUCACGCUUCGCAAUUUUCCAAAUGGAUUGAUAGCGUCGAAGUCCCCGAUGGCGAUCUCUCGUGGGUGGAUCCAGAAGAUUUCAUUGAGUUGGAAUCGACGGAGCCCUUGUCGCCAUAUCCAAAAAUCAAGAUUGCUCCGUUCUUCUAUACUCCCAAAUUGAGCUACUUUAGAGAAUUCACAUUGAAUAAAACUGGGCCCUACCCUUUUGGUAAUGAAGCUAUCCACAAUUGCAUAAUGGACCUUGAGAAACCCGAGGCUGUGCAAUCGCGAAUGUUGAGCUCGCGCAUCGAGAGGUUGAAGGAGGAGUUGCUCAAAACCGAGGAGAAUUUACAAAAAUAUGAGUUGCGACAUGCUCAAGGCACUAGCCACCAGCAUGAGAUUAACAGCACCAGGGAAGAGAUUCAAACUUUGAAGGAGAAACUCGAUGUUGUUCAAAAAGCGCAGGGAAAUUUCACCGAGAGCGACUUGAAGAUGAUGGAAGACUUGAAUCACAGGUCGCCGCAGCCUUCGUUACUGAGGCAGAUGUCGGGCUUAUCGGCCUACUCGAGCCAUUUGGACCGAGAAGAGUUGUUUGACGCUUCGAAUUUCGUCGCCAUUGCCGAGUUCCACAACAGGUUCAUUAUCCAUAAUUUAAAGAUGAAAUGGGACGAUGAGUUGAAGGAGUACUUUGUGAGUUAUCUUGAGCGUGUUGGUGACAGAAAGAGCCAUGUUUACUACAUGACCAAAAAGGCUGUCGACUUGGUCCAGAGUGUAAUCAACGAAAGCGACAAGACCCCACUUAAGCAAAGCGCCGACACGAAUGAAAAGACAUACAACUUUAAACGCGGCGAGGAUGUCAUUGAAUCGUUUGACAAUGAAUUGGACGAGCUUGCCAACCCCGAUGAAGAAGAGCCCGAGUACAAGUAUUUGAUCAAGUUUAUCCAUCCCCAAAUCCAGAUGAUAAGCAAGAAAAUGCCCGACUCGUGCGUUAUAUUAACGUCGCGAGAGUUGGAUUUGAGAAUCGUGGAUAUCAACGAGAAGGAGUUGGUCAAUGUCAUGACUGACAACAAGGAAAUGACGGCUAAGAUUGAAAGCAGGAUCGGGGCAAUGUUUAGAGAUGAGCAGAUAUUUGUGGUCAACAAAGCCGACCUUGCCAAACCCAGCUCACGAUUCGAAAAGGGCGGAUACAUCACUUCAAAGAAUAACUGGCCCCCCUGGUUCGAGAGUGAGAUAUGCUACGAUGGAAACUGGGCACGCGCUUAUUUGGUCUCGGAAAAAAGCACAAUUGCGUUGAUUUACAGGAACCCAAACCCAUUGUUUGUCAACUCCAAGAACUUGGACCAAAAGAAUGAAAUCAUCUUGUACAUUGCCAAGUAUGUCAUCAAUGCAACUUCGACGCAGUACUCGGUGAUAUAUGGAAUUGUGACGGAGCUUCUUAUUACAAACAACCAACACGACACGGUGAAUGAAAAGAUUGCCAGAUUCAUCGCGUUUGCAGACCCUUCUGAUUUCCAAGGAUGGGAUGUCAAGGUCAAGGACUUGCAGACGCAAAUCCGCGAGUUUAGCGAUAUCUUGUUGAAUUUCAACCAGCGAGGCACAACGCUAUCGGGCAAGGAGAAGGGCUACUUGAAGCUAUUGCACUUGGAAAAAGAAAAAAUGAAGCUAGAAUUGUUGAUGAUUAUGAAAGCGUUAAAGUCGAGAAAUGAAAAAUCUAAACACACGACAAAAUUUUGGAAAAUAUUAGCUGACCAAAUCAUCUGGCAUUUCUUGGACGACGAAGGACGGCCGUUUAUCGACUUUGCGUGUGCUAGAACCAGGCUCACGAGAGUCGAGUCCAUCGAUGGCUCGAACCACAAUGAAUUCGAAAUUGGAAUGUUGCAAGGAUUCAACCUUGAAGAGAGCGCGAUUUACCCCAUUCUCGUAUCGCCCGAGAUUCCAAAUGGUGGCACAUAUGCAGAUAUCGUUGAUCCCGUGGUGAGAGUCACGUGGAGCAUGUUUGCCGCAGUGGGAGGUAUUCCGGUGAUACGAGAUGCCAACUUGCAAGUUGCGCCGCUCAGAUUGGAAUUGGUGUAUGAUACCGCCAAGAAGCUCAAGGCGUACCUUUUCCCAAGCGAGGACUAUGCGGAUUCAAGCGGCGACGACGAUGACGAUGACGAUGACGAAGAUGAUGACGAUGGUUAUCAUCGUGACCGUAACGGCCAUGAUGGUGAGUCGUUUAAUGACGAUAUCGCUAGUGAGAGUAUACUCUCGGCGGAAGCCAACAAUGCGCACAGAAUCCUGUCGGACUCUUUAUCGAGAACCACUUCCAAAACAGCUCCAAUUGAGACAAAGAAUCCGUUGAAGAAGUUGAUUGCCAAGGGCAAAGCCGUUGGCCACAGCUCGAAUGGGUCAGGGUCAGGGUCAGGGUCAGGGUCAGGGUCAGGGCCAUCGAGAGCACCUUCGCCAUCAAUGAGCUCGGGAAUGCACAGCCCCAAUACCACCGACGACGAUGCCUCGUCGUUCUUUUCUGGAAAGGGGUUCCCGUUGAAACGCGGUAAUGGGAACAAUUCGGUCAACCGAAGAAACGUGGGAUUCAACUCUGGCAGUAGCGGCGGCGGAGCCAAUCGCGAAGAGGAUUUAGAUAUCAUCAUCUCCAGAUCCAUGAAGUACAAGUCGUUGAUUGACUUUGAGAUCUCGGCAUUCAAGUUGAUAAUCAGCUUUUCCGGCCCCAAGAGCUUGAGUUUGUUGGACGUGAGCCAGUUGACUUUGUCCAUCCCCGACUUGAGGUACCGGUACCGCAUCUGGUCCGCAGAAGAGUUCACCGAGCGGCUCAAGAAAGAGAUCAUCAAGGUCAUCUUGCAGCACACGGGCAAGAUCUUGGGCAACAAGUUCAAGGCGAAGAAGAGGAUCCACGUGGCAAAGCCAUUGAAGCAAAUCUCCGAGUACAGGAGAUUCUUGACCUUGGAAGACUUGCAGACACACGGCAGAGACCGGUCCAGCGGCGCGGCUGGUGAUGAUGAUGAUGAUCUUCAUCAUCGUCAUUUGCACCCGCAUCAACAUGCUCACAAGUUUACACCGCGUAUCACGAGAAGAGGUGAAGCUCAAGAAGAUACUUUCAAGGAAUACUUCAAUGCCGCGGAUGACAAGGUUGAGAAUGAUGUGGAUGUCGCUUAG